ACAGUCGUGUGGACAGUUACAUUCAGCCACUACGGUUUCGUUUUGGCAUAUUAAAUCUGGGUUGAUACAUUUGUUUAAACAGUUGUAAAAUUGCAUAGACAGCCUGCAACUCAGUUUAUUUACUGCACAUUUCGCUUAUUUACAGUAAUACCAGUAACCUGCAGCAAAGAUGAAGACUAAAUUCAUCAAUGGCGUGUCUUCAUCGUCGUCAGUGUCUCUGGGUUUAUUGGUAAAUGAGAAUGUCCUUGAAGUCCAGCCAGAUAGUGGGACCGACUGCAAAGACAUUGUCCGCCCGGAUGAGCCCGACCAUCAGACGAAGCAUAAGGCGUAUCAGUGGUGUAAAGAAUUUCUACACGGGGGCUGGAAAUCCAUAGAUGAGGAUGAUUUCCAAAUCUCUAUCAUCAGGGGAGGUCUCAGUAACAAACUGUUCCUCUGCGCUUUGCCAGAGAAGCAACCAAGCCUUGGAGAAGAACCACGGAAUGUGCUCCUUCGCCUUUACGGAGAAAUUCUGCAGAUGUCCUGUAAUAAAGGGGAUUCCAGACAGUCAAAUACAGAUCACUUUGAAGGAGCUGAUGCCAUGGUUUUGGAGAGUGUGAUGUUUGCCAUCCUGGCCGAGCGGGAGCUUGGGCCAAAGCUAUAUGGCAUCUUUCCGCAGGGGAGACUUGAACAAUUUGUCCCAAGCCGAAAACUGUCAACCGAUGAGCUGAGUGUCCCCGGCAUAUGUGCUGAAAUUGCCGAAAAGAUUGCCAAAUUUCAUGCAAUGAGAAUGCCUUUCAACAAGGAGCCAAAGUGGCUAUUUGGUACCAUGGAUAAGUAUAUGGAUCAAGUGCUUAAGCUCACCUUCACCAAGGAGUCCCAUCUGCAAAAUUUUUCACAUCUUUUGAGCUAUAACUUGCCUCAAGAGAUGGACAAUCUUAAGUGUCUACUUGAAUCUACUCCCUCCCCCGUUGUUUUCUGCCACAAUGACUUGCAAGAAGGAAACAUCUUGCUCCUCAGUGGUCAUAAGAAUACAGACAGACAGAGACUCAUGUUGAUUGACUUUGAGUACUGCAGCUACAAUUACAGAGGAUUUGACAUUGGAAAUUUUUUCUGUGAGUGGAUUUACGACUACACCUUUGACAAGAUUCCAUUUUUCAAGACCAACACCAAAAAUUACCCCACCAAAGCUCAGCAGAUGCAUUUCUUUCAAAGAUAUCUGUUGGAAUCUGACACUGGAUUUGAAACCUUGAGUGAGGAGGACCAGCUGAAACUAAAAGAGGAUAUGCUAGUUGAAGUUAACAGGUUUGCAUUGGCCUCCCAUUUCUUCUGGGGAUUGUGGUCCAUGAUCCAGGCCAAAAUAUCAACUAUUGAGUUUGGGUACAUGGAGUAUGCCAUGGCCAGGUUUGAUGCUUACUUUGAGCUGAAGAGGAAGCUCGGGCUUUAAAGAAAAAGUGCAUGAAUUCCCAAUGGACAGAGUGGAUAGAGAACAAUUGCUCAUAUGUUGACAGGAAAAGAGUGGAGUAAAGUUUGAAUGUUCUUAAAAGAGGAUGCUCUGCCUCUGCAAUGAUUAUCCCAUGCUGCAUGGACCAAUGCAUUGAGUGUCCCACGUGUUUACAAAGUUAACCUUCAUACAUUUAACACACCUGCCUGAACUUCUGGACAAAUUGAGAAAAACUACAUUACAUAGAGAGAAUAAUAAGGUCACAAACUUUGGAAAUGAUAGUAUUGGUGGUGCAGUUAGACAAUAUUUCAUGCAGCUAGACAGAUUCAUAAAGUCACAUGAUGGUGUGGUGAUACGUUUGUCAUACUAUUCUGUACCUUGUGGUCUCUUAUCUCCUGGUCAUCUACCUGUUAUCUAUACAACUGGUGAAAUUAGACAUACUGUGAAAGAGUAAGGUUCAACUGCACCUGUUACCACAAAAUGGUACAACAGACCAAACGAUGUUCACACUGCGGUUCUAAUUAUGUUCAGUAUUGUUGAAGUUUUCUGUUUCCAUUUCAUUGGGACAUGUUUUUUUGUUCUUUAUACCGGAUGAUUUACCUCUAUGCCAAGUUCUGCUUUAAAGCUGAGAAGUGGUCCAGUAGAUCCAUAUGAUGUGAAAUGAAAUACCUGUGGGACCAUGCCAUCUGAGAACUCCUUAAGAGAGAGAUGGUAUGAAAUAUCCAAUCUCAAACAGUAUAUAAUUGUAUGGCUUUGACCAUAGUGCUCUCUUUCACCUCCUAUUUGAGGUGCUUCAUGUACAUUUCUUUCUAUUUGAAACAGAAAUGACUGUGAUACAAUGAACCCUAUUAUACAGUAUAUAAUAGUGAUACACAAUCUAAAGCUUAAUAUCAGUCUAUUCUUAAAAUAAAAUCUUUUUUGUCUUAUGACACUUCAUUUAAUUAGUUUAGCUUUAAACACAGAAUCUAAUGUUUAUGAAUGUUUAUUCUUGUUUUAGAAAAUGUUUUACAACUGAACCAUAUUUACUUAAUUUCCUUGAGUUAAUAUAUAUAUAUUUUUUAAUUCUGUACAACCUAAAUUGCAGUAAAGGUAUUUUUAUGUAUUUUUUCGUUAACCUGUUUUCAUAUUUUGAAAUGUAGGUAUUUUGUGAUGUCAAAGGCACUUUCUAAAGCAGCUCUGUGAAAAUGUUUAGUAUUUGCAAGUGUAAGUUUUCUAUUAUAUUUCUGCAAUGGAAGAUGUAUUUUUCUUAAUAAGAAAGUGUUCUCUGUUCUUAGUGAAAUAAUGUUUGAUGGUUCUCUUUGCCAUUUUUACUGUACUACACUUGUGAUUGAAUUAAUUCUGAUUUCACAUAUCACACAUAUUUCACUGGAUCUUAAUGUAAAAUCUGAAUAUUUUGAAUAUUUAUUUACCUUACUGGUCUCUAAAAAUUUGUACCGAUUUUUGGAACAUAAUUGGACAAAAAGGAAAAAUUGGAAGCUGUUUGAAUGUUUUAAGAAAAAUUAAAUUUAAUAUGUGUAUUAAAAUUCAGUGUUACUCUAGACCAGCUUACUAGCCUUAGUCAUGCAUCUCUGCAUUAAUAUUAAGCAUUUGGGAGGCUUGUGUAUAAAUAUACAAUCGUUUUUUAAAUAAAAUGAACACACUUCUGAUACCAAAAGAUGCAGAAAGUGAAACUAUUCUGCAGAACAGAAUAUCAUUGUAAUGUACUAAUUCAUGCUUUACACAUUUAUUAUGAAUAAAAGUU